ACGCUUUUCGAACUAGUUCGUAACUGCAGUCUACAUGUAGAAUUCUAAGGGGCCGCAUGACUUUUAAUUUGCCCUUAAUGAAAGAUGAAAUAAUAUAUCGUCAUUCAUUAUAUAUUGGCUCUUUUCCUGUUGAAGAGCAGGACAAUGUAUGCAAGGCUCAAAAGGUACAAAGGGAGCUUGAAUCUCUGAGAUGUUAUACACGCAGUAAAUCCGUGAUUGUUUGUGUGUCGAUUCGUGGCAUAAAAAUAUGCUCAGAUGAUCUGAAAGUUGUGUACAUGGCGCAUGCGCUGCGCAGAAUAUCUUAUGCUACUUGUGACGCCGCAUACAAGCAAGUUGCUUUUCUAGCAAGAGAACCCUCGAGUGUUGUCAACUUACAAUAUUGUCAUGUGUUUGUGACAGCGUCUGCCGCUGACGCUGAAGAACUUAACAGAAUAAUUGGGGAUGCCUUCAAACUUGCUUAUGUUCGACAGCGCCUUAUUAAACUUCGCCAAACUGGGAAGCAUGACUCUUCUGCUCCGCUAAAUAUACCUCAGCUCAGUGAUUGUCAUCCUGUUUGGCUUCCUCAAGUUGAGGAAAGUUCUAUUAGUCUUUCGUUAUUAGAUACUCUUAAACUCCCUCCACCCCCUCAUUUCCCUCCUCCAACUUCCACGGAAAAUGAAACUAGCUCUGAAAGGCAGAGCACUUCACUGUUUUCUGAUCACCCUCAAGCUUUUUUUUCAAAUGCGAAUACUAAUGCUACAUGUACUGAUACUACUAAUUCUAGUAAUAUGCUGAGUCUUGUAUCAAUUGAGUCACCUGCUGUAAAUACAUACAUCAAAGAUGUAGGCAUAAUUGAAUCUAUGCCUACAACUGUGGAAAAUCCAACAACUUCAUCAUCUUCCUCAGAAAACGAUUCCAACCAGCUCUCUGUUCACUCAGAUUCUGUGCUUAUCAGAGAUGAAAGUGCAAACAGCAGCACCAAUAUGCAGUCCAAUAAGGAUGCUAGUGAACUGGAAAAAAAACUUCACCGCAUUUCAACUCCACAAGCGAUAGACCUGGCCUUCUUACGUCGUCAUUUUCUUCGUCGGAGUGAGGGAAAGGGAUCAGACAAUUCCAGGAAUGUUUUUGGCGGUAGUGCUAGACAACCACGAUUACGUCAUGGCACAACUCUUUCAAAUCUCCUAUCCUCUGCACGACACAGCGCAUUUUUUCCAAGCUCUUCUAAUUGUGUUAUUGAUAGUGCAAAUGUUAUUCCUAAAACUUCAAAUUCGCAAGAGACUCCAGAUGUAUCCGAUGUACUAAACAACCUAAAUCCUACUCGAAGACCUCCUAUAUUUGUGGAUCUCCGUACUUUUGCAGGAGGAAGUCCAGUCGUUGCUCUCAAAGAACGUUUGGAUGCUCAGGCUAUUGCAGAUGCCAAGGCAUCUGCAUUCGCAGAAGCAGCUGCUGUACUUGCAGCUGCAAAACAAGUGUCCUCCCAGUCAUUAGCUGCUACCCGAUCAAAUAUGAACAAUGUCCCUAAAAAAUUACCACAGUCAACUAAACCUGUGGUUUGUCCUGUUGUUAGUCAUACUUCAAACUUAUCAUUCACUGGAAAUACAUUGUCGAUCGAGACUUCUGAUGUAUCUCCACCUGUACCACCAGUCAGAAUGCAUUCACUUAGAAGAAGUCAUGAACAGUACAAUUCAAAGAACUUUACAUCCAAUUUGUCAACUCCCAAUCCUAUACCAGAUGGUAUGUAUAAUGAAUUAGAUAAGGAUGAAGAUCGUGAAAUUGUAGAAUCAAUUGAAGCUGUUAUGAAAGCAGCAUCAUAUGACUCAAAUAGUCCAAAAGAAACUAGAUCAACUAUGCAUCAAGAUGCAGAUUCCACUUCUUGUCAUUCAAAUCGUGUCAAACGCCAACAAAUAGACAACUCAAGGAUUUCUCAAUCCAAUGCUUACAAACCAGCUCAAAAAACUUCUGAAAAGUCGUGUCUUCACGGCGAUAUAGUUUCACAAUCUCAGGCUCAGUAUCCUACUGAAAAUCUACCUAGACAUAGCCAAAGUGGUUUCCAGCAUUCCAAUUCUCGUUUAUAUCCACCUAAUGAGAAUUUUGACAAUUCACUUUUCAGUGAUCCACUACGUGUGACAGCAGAUAAUACAGUUCAGUCAGUUCAAGAAAAACAUCAAAAAUCAAUUUUUCCUUCUAGUGGAUGUGAUAACAUUCAUACUACGCCAACACCAAGCUCCAUAAUGUCCACAUCAUCAGUAUCAACAGAAACUCCCACUCCAACUGCUACACCUACACCAACUCCUGAACAAAGCUCACAAUCUCUUGGAUGUUAUAAUAAUGAUGACAGUUCAUUAAAUCAAGCACCGUGGUAUCAGGCAUUGUUACCGAGAGAAAUAGCAUUUGAACUACUUGCCAAAGAAGAGGUUGGUAGCUUUAUAGUCCGUAAUAGUGCCACUCACCCCGGUUGUUGUGCUUUAUCUGUUCGUGUGCCGAAUAAAGAUAACCCUAUUGGAAUAACACAUUAUUUGAUACAGAAAACAAAUCGAGGUGUUCGCUUAAAGGGAUUGGACAAGGAAUGGCCGUCAUUGCAAGCUCUUGUUACUCAUUUGACUGUCAUUCCUGAAAUGCUUCCAUGUCCUCUCAAACUUCCUCAGUAUACUUCAAAUCCAGUCUUUACACAAUUUGACCCUCAAUUGGCAGACAGUUCAUCGAAUGAAAUCAUCAAACAACGACGUAAUUACAAUAUCCGAUCGUUACGAACGGAUGUAGGUGAUAAUAAUCGCGUCAAUGAUACUGAUUUAUUCAGUCAUCAUCCCCAACGUUCUCUUCAUUCAGUUGCAGAUCUCCCUUGCAGACCAGUGCCGCCAUUAUGUGCUACUCUUUCUCAUUUAGAUACAACGAAUUCUGAUGGUCAAAAUUUCUCAUCCAACAACUCGACAGCCCAAGAUGUUUCUACUCCUGGUUGUUAUCAAGUUUCAAAACUUUCACAGUCGAAAUCAAAUGUCCCUAAUUGGUUACUAACUCAAUUGAAUGACGAUAAGAGACAAAUAUCAACUAAAUCUACAACAAGCAGUCCGAAUCAAAAAACAGUUAGAAUGGAUUAUAUACAUUGGAAACAAAAUUCUGUAGAUUUAGCAUCUAUUUCCCAAUCUGAAUAUGUGGAUGACAGAUCGCUUAGUGAGGCUAAUCAUAGUGGUCAUAAACUAAGUUACACAACAAAUGAUUUAUCUAAGAAUAGUGCUUGUUUAAUGUUGGAUUAUGUAGAAGAAGAUGAUGAUGAAGAUUAUCAACGUUUGUCAGAUUUUUCUUCCAUCCUGGCUGAUUUAAAUCUUGUUAACGAAAGGCCUUUGACCAGUUGUUAGGAAUGGUCUUCUAAGAAGAUUUCUCCGAGUCCAUCGUUUGUUAUUGUUAAUAUCUGUUCUUUACUAAAUUCAUUUCAUCCAACUGGUUUCCAUCUUCUGUCAUUGUAGUUAUCUUGCAAUGAUCAUUGCAUCAUUUGUAAUGAUAAGCAAGUCAAAAUGUUUUAUUUUUUAUUUUGUUUUAUUUAUUUAUCUUCUCCAUAAUUUAUUGAUCAAUGAAUUGUGCGGGAUGCUUCAACUGUGUACACUUAUCCAAAUGACUAUUAUUAUUAUUAUUAAUUGUAGUUAUUACACAUAAAAAAAGCUAUAUAUCUCUCUCCGGAAGAAAUAAAUUUGAAGCUUCUGUUUGUCACUAGUCUACAGCCUCCAUCCGACUGUGAACUGCACAAAUACCAGGUCAGGUCACUUUUUGCUACCUCUGUUGGAUACUUCUGGUUUCGUACUACUGUUUUCAUGAUAUGAUAAUGAACCGAAGAUCUAUUAUUGUAUUGGUCAACUCAUUUUGGCUCUUAACUUGCAUACAUAGAAACAGUUAGUCACACACAAAAUAUAUAUAUAUAUAUAUAUAUAUAUAUAUAUAUAUAUAUAUAUAUUUCAGAAGAAUGUGAAUAUCACGUCUUAGUAAAAGAAUAAACCCGACCCUUUUUUGUUUCUUUCAAUGAAAAAUGCAUAAAGAGGAUUUCUAAUGUCACCCCUUUGUCUGCAUGUAAAUUGCUUGCUGUUUUUUUCUUUCUGUUGUUCUUAUUUAAUGUUCCGAUGUUACUUCAGAUCAUCCAAGAAAACAAUAUUCAAUAAUGAUAUGAGAUUGUUU